AUGGAUAUGGUGGCGACAGGUUACACCAUUUACUAUGCCGGCUUCCAAGGCUGUAACGACGACCGGCCUCAGUGUUGCCCAUGGCCAGUCGCUGCAAAUUCUGCAACGAACUCAUUUUCUGCCACUGUCAACGUAGAGGUAGAGCCCGAAAUUGAGAUCGAACACAAGCGUGGCGACAACUAUCCCCAACCUGCUCGUGGUUAUUCGGCAAAACUGAAACAAUGCCCGGAUGACUACUAUUCUGUUUCGGGUGGUUGCUGCCCAGCCGGAUACUUUUUCUUCACGUCCGCCAUCGGUGGCCAAACACCUUGCUGGAGCCCUCUCGGUAGCACAGCCAGCAUUCCACCCAUAACCCAUGUCGCGGCUGCAUAUAAUUCGAUUGCCACGAACGUCAGUGUUACUGGUAGCGCUGGUGAUGGUGGUAAUGAUGACCCUAAUGACAUCGAUUCACUACCUACGUCCGCCGUCAACAACGUAGUUUUCUCUCGCCACUACCCUGUCGACAAUCCGAAAGCCCUUUCUAUCGGUAGUUACAUUGGUAUUGCCCUUGGUAUUAGCAUCACAAUUAGCACGGCUCUCGCAGCCAUCAUCUGGUUCUGGCUACGGCGGAGAAAGCGGAAGAUUGCGAGAUUAAGAAGAGCCGCGCAACUAGCUGACAACGACAAUUACCCUGGUAUAUGGGACGGUCACCACGGCUCAGAUGAACAGUUAUUCCAAUUCCCCCCACAAGAACUGGACACGUUCGGACAAAACGGAAAACCGACAGCAUUGGAUCAUGUGGCCGCCGCUGGUGCCAAGAAUAGCGGAGAUGCUGCUCAACAAGCUCAGUAUCUUCGACAGCUCCAGCAGUCAUUCGGCCUCCACAAUGUUGGCACGCAUGGGCACAGCAACGGUAUAAAUUCAGACUUCACGCCCGGUUUGCCCCUCUCAGUCCAUAUUCCACCCCGCGUAAGCUCGGCCGCCGCAGCCGCCGGAUUAUUGACCCUGCCGCCCAUUUCAUCCACUAGGUCGAAACUUCCUCCCAUCAAUAACGAUGGAAAUCCCCGUGGUGCGCAUGCAGUUGAAAGUGGAGAUAUUGACUCCAAAGGUGGAAAGCCUAAGGGUGAGACAAAAGAAGAGGCUUUGCAAUAUACGGGUGGUGGGUCGGGUGCAGCAGGGAGUUCUUCUUUUCUCCAUGGAGACCAGCGGCAACGGCGAUCCCACCCGACUGAACUUGAAGUAAACUCGGCUGCUAUUCCUGAUGGACAUGGGAGUGGAUUUGGGCUUGAGGUGGAGGGAGAUCAUGAGCCGCCUCCUGAAUAUAGGGAGUUCUAGGUGGAGUGCCGGGUUUGGGGUGAGGGAGGCUCAGGGGAGAAGUAGGUUGACAUGGCUUUUCACCAAGUUGUUGUAUUGAGAUUUAACACUUUCCUUUUUAUAGUCAAUCACAUACCUAUCAACC